GACGCGCCUCCGCGUCACCGCGCGCGCCGCGAUGGCGGACACGAACCGAAUCAUGAAAGAGCUGCGCGAGAUCGCGAGCGACGUCGCGUCGCAGGUCAAGGUGACGCAGCACGGGGACAGUUUGGUGCACAUGAAGGGCACCAUCGCGGGACCGAGCGAGACGGUGUACGAGGGCGGGACGUUUCACAUCGACAUACAGAUCGGGGCGUCGUAUCCGUUCGAACCGCCGAAGAUGAAGUUUCUCACCAAGGUGUGGCAUCCAAACGUGUCGAGCCAGACGGGGGCGAUUUGCCUGGACGUGCUGAAGGAUCAGUGGUCGCCGGCGUUGACGCUGAAGACGGCGCUGUUGUCGUGUCAGGCGCUGCUGGCGGCGCCGGAACCGGACGAUCCGCAGGACGCGCAGGUGGCGCAGAUGUACACGGAACGACGAGGGGAGUUCGACGAGACGGCGAGGACGUGGACGAAGAAGUACGCCACGGAGGAUCAGAAGGAUCCGGUCGUCGGGGAGUUGAUGGAGAUGGGGUUCAGUGAGGGUGCGGUAUUGAAAGCGCUGACGAAGUGCGGUGGGAAUAAGGAUCGCGCGGUCGAGGAGCUGUUGGGGGGGGCUUGAACGCCGCCGUCGAUUCGGUUUGCGCGAACGAUGAACGUCGAAACGAACUACAAUAGCACAGCACAACGCGCUUCGAGGCGCAAUAGCGGAUACGUACGAUAAAUAAAUGACACAUAAUGAUCGCAUCCAAUUUAUUCCCAAGUGGCACGUUCUGCUCGUGAUUUUGUGCGCGUUCACGUCGUCGUACGCGGCGGCGGAGUCGGAGGCGAGGGCGCGAGCAACCGCGGCGCGAGUUCGCACCGCCGAUGUCCGCACGUGCACCGGUCGACCGGUAGACGCGCUCGUCGUCGGGCAAGCCAUAUGCUUGCGACAGCAAAUCGAUACCGCUUUGAUUCAACCGCUUCCUCUGAGCGACGUGGACGUGGACGUAAAGGUGCUCGUCGGCGACGUCCAACAGCCUCUUCGAGGCGAACCUGUCGUCGACGCAGCGACGGAUUCUAUCACGUUUACAUUCGUGCCGACGCGCGAUGCACGAAGCGGACGACUAAGUGUGGAGACUAGUGUGCAGCCGUCGAGCGAUCCUCGCGUGAGUGCGGGGUAUUACGAUGUCAUCUGGUACGAAUUGAGUGUUGUGUGGCCAACAUUUUUCUCGUAUCGCGAGGUGGAUGUGGCGCCGUCGACUGUGGAAGAGGAAGAGGAAGAGGAAGAGGAAGAGGUCAAGGCGGAGGUGGAAUUCAACCCAUUCCCCUGCACGUGGUUUCUCGGCGCCGAUUAUUUGUGCAACUCCACGACGUGGAUAUCAGGAUGACUACUUUAAGAUUGU